GCUCGCACGCUAUAAAAACCCCGAUCUGGCCCUUUAACACAAGCACGUGGUUUCCGCAAACAUCCGGUUUUUAGAAAGUAGGAACGAAAACGCAACAAUGUUUUGACACGCGUAUUUCUUAACUGUCGUUACGGGUUUUUUAUAUUGUUUCCAGGUUGUUGAAAUAUGAAGAUGGAGGAUGGCAGCUUGGUUUCAUGCAGAGAGGACAUUUCUUCGCUGUUCCCUGCGCAAAUGCUGAGUGCCAAACAGCAAGAUCUGAGCAGCCAGUUUUCCGCCGUAAGAAAAGUUUGCGGCGACGGCAACUGCUUCUACAGAGCUUUCUGCUUCGCAUACUUGGAGUCAGUCCUACACAGUGCCAGGGAUUUGCAGAGGUUCAAGGACAAGAUAAUCCAGGGCAGCGCAAUUUUGGUCUCUGCAGGAUUUGAGGAGGAUUUCUUCAGGCACCACCUGGACACGGUUCUUCAGGUUGUUGAGCAAAGCCAAGCAGAUGUAAUUGCACUAUUCAGGCUCUUCAAUGAGCAUACUACCUCCGACAGUGUUGUGCAGUAUCUCAGGCUGCUCACUUCAGCACACCUGCAAAACAAUGCAGACUUCUUCCGCAACUUUGUGGAAGCACCUGAUCUACAGGAAGUGGAGGCUAUGGCGAUGGAGUGUGAUCAUGUGGACAUCUCGGCUCUGUCUCAGGCUCUGGACAUCUCCAUCCACAUCGUCUCUAUGGAAGGCGACGGACAACAGCUGGCUCACCACAUCAUUCCAGAAAAUGGGGACCCAUCCCUGCAUCUCCUCUACCACACAUCUCAUUACGAUAUUCUCUACCCUCGGGCACAACUAUGACCAACGAAACUCUGCUCGAAUCAGGAAUAUUGACUCCGGUUGAAUAAAUUCCAACUGGACUUGAAGACACUUACAAAAUUAGAUUUUUAUAAAAUCUUGCAGUUUACAGGAAUCCAUCAUCUGGGGAUGAGCAUCUGUUGCACAAUGUGCACUAAACAUUUAGAGACUUUAAAAUGCUGUUUACUUUUUUUACCCUUUUUAUAAAUUGUGUCAUUUGAAGUUUUUUAAUAAACCUCUCAAUAAACAAGUCA